GGGGGGGGCGGGGCGGGGCCGCCGCGCCGAGCGGGGCCAUUUCAGCCGCCAGGCCGGGAUGCGCCCGGCGUCCCGCGGCUGCCCGCCCGCCGCCCGCUCGCCCGCGGGGCUGCGGCGCUGAUCGCUCCUGCCCGCCCGCCGCUCUACCCCACGCCAGCCCCUUCCACCUCCGCCGCCGGCAGCGCCAUGGCGGCCCCCAGCAGCAUCGUGCCCGUCAUGGCGAGUAAAACCAAGACCAAGAAAAAGCACUUCGUGGCGCAAAAAGUGAAGUUGUUCCGGGCUAGCGAUCCGCUGCUCAGCGUCCUCAUGUGGGGGGUCAACCACUCGAUCAAUGAACUGAGCCAUGUUCAAAUCCCUGUUAUGUUGAUGCCAGAUGAUUUCAAAGCCUACUCAAAGAUAAAGGUGGAUAAUCACCUUUUCAACAAAGAAAACAUGCCAAGUCAUUUCAAAUUUAAAGAAUAUUGUCCAAUGGUUUUCCGCAAUCUGAGAGAGAGAUUUGGAAUUGAUGAUCAAGACUUUCAGAAUUCAUUGACAAGAAGUGCACCCCUUGCCAAUGAUUCCCAAGCACGCAGUGGUGCCCGCUUUCAUACGUCUUACGACAAAAGAUAUAUCAUCAAAACUAUAACAAGUGAAGAUGUAGCAGAAAUGCACAACAUACUGAAGAAGUACCAUCAGUUUAUUGUGGAGUGUCAUGGGAAUACACUUCUUCCCCAGUUUUUGGGCAUGUACCGGCUUACUGUUGAUGGAGUUGAAGUAUAUAUGGUUGUUACAAGAAAUGUGUUCAGCCAUCGUUUAUCUGUUUAUAGAAAAUAUGAUUUAAAGGGCUCUACUGUGGCUCGAGAAGCCAGUGACAAAGAAAAGGCCAAAGAGCUGCCGACGUUCAAAGACAAUGAUUUUAUUAAUGAUGGCCAAAAGAUUCAUAUUGAUGAGAAUAACAAAAAGAUGUUCCUUGAGAAACUCAAGAAAGAUGUUGAGUUCCUUGCUCAGUUAAAACUCAUGGACUACAGCUUGCUGGUUGGAAUUCAUGAUGUUGAAAGAGCUGAACAGGAAGAAAUAGAGUGUGAAGAGAAUGAUGGAGAAGAAGAAGGUGAAAGUGAUGGGACCCACCCCAUUGGAACCCCUCCAGACAGUCCAGGAAAUACAUUGAACAGCUCACUGCCUUUGGCUCCAGGGGAAUUUGAUCCAGCUAUUGAUGUUUAUGGAAUAAAAUCCCAUGAAAAUGCUCCCAGGAAGGAGGUGUACUUCAUGGCCAUUAUUGACAUUCUUACUCAUUAUGAUGCAAAAAAGAAAGCUGCCCAUGCUGCAAAGACAGUAAAGCAUGGGGCCGGUGCAGAAAUUUCAACUGUUAAUCCAGAACAGUAUUCAAAGCGCUUCUUGGACUUUAUUGCCAACAUCUUGACGUAACCUAUCAUGUUACAUAGGACAGACAUGAGACCUGGGGACAGCAGCAGUGGCUACAAGUGUAGGGAAAAAAAGGAACUCAAGAGAAGCACUCAUCUUACAGAAAGCAACCCCUUUGUUUACAUCUGCUGGCAAAGAUGACUGAAGUGGGGUGGAGUACUCGCUUUAACAGCUGCCUGAUAUUCCCAGCAUAGUUCUAGCUAUUUCUGACUCUUUUGUGUGAAAAAAAAAAAAAAAAAAGAAAAAUUAAAAUAAUUUAAAUAAAUAGAACAGCUUACUCAGAGUGCACUGUGACAGUAAUACUCUGAUGCUACCAGCUGAAAUGGAAUAAAUGAGCAAAGAGGUGUGGGGUGGGGGUGGGGAAGAGUAAAUGCAUGUUAAAUCUACAAUAUUGAUAUCAAAUUGUAAACUGUGGAUCAGUUUAUAUUUUGAAAAAGAUACAUGACAGUAUUCUUCAUGAUGAUGAUGGCGAUAAUAAUGAAGACCUUACUGCGAAUGUUACACUUACACCCUGCACACUGGCACUCCUUAAAAACAGCUGCAACAGCCCUUGUGCCGGAGGCUUUUCCCAUUUGGUUCCUAGCAGUUGGGUUUUCUCCUUUUCUUUCCUCUCUCUCCUGUUUUUUGUCUUCUUUUUCAGCACAUUGCAUCAGGAAGUUCAGCCUCUCAGGCAUCUGAGAGCUGGCAUCUCUUACCUAACAAAGAGCUAACAUAAUUCAUGCUAUGUGUACAUUUUUGCUAUAGUAAACUUACGUUAAGGGAAAACUGCUUAUUUCUUUUUGUUACCUGAGGUUUUCAUUUGUUUUAUAUUCUGCAAUAUAGGAACUAAUAAUGUUACAAGUGUAAAAGUAGCUUAUCUGAAGAAGCGCAUGGUUUUGGGCAAUAGUAGCUCCAUCUUCUACCCAUCCUGAAAGAUGUGCACACUGAUAGAAAUUCCAUUCCCUUGUAAUUUACUGGGAAUUUGAAGUUUAAAUUGCUUAUGUUGUACUGUUGAAAUAGCGGUAUUUUAUUAUAGAUUAUCCCUUGAAAAAUGAACCCUGAAUUUUACUGUUUACAUUAUUAGGAAAGCAGGGAUAUUUCUGAAUUUCAGAGCCGUGUACAAUAUAAGACUUUUGAGUUUACAUGUAAAGUUAUUUUGCAGUACAAAUGAAGUAAUGUUUGUCAUCUUCCAAGAGGUAAUAUGCAGUAGUGUACUAAAGUGAAUGUCUCUCUCACCUCCAUGUGGACUCUUUUACAAUAAAAUGCAAAAGGAUAUUUUGGAGGGAAUUUUCCCAAGGUUGUCUUUCAGCAUCAAAAUGACCUGUCCUACCAUUUAUUCAAUUUUGAUUGUAUAGUACAUUGCCUGAAACUGUGCUGAUCAUGUUUAACUUGUUUAAAAUUUUUAAACACUGUAUUCCUUCUCCUCUUGUAUUUUUCCCUGAAAGACUCCAUGCUUGAAAGAGACAAAUUUACAUAUGCUUAAAAGUUUAUCUACUUAUACACUGUGCUAAAGCUGUGCCUUUGAAAUUUCUUUAUUGAAAUUGUUAGAUUUUGUAGGCAACAUAAGAGAAGUCAAACCUCCCUCUCAUCAUUUCUAACUGGGAUCAGGAGUGCCAGCAUGCCUUCUCCAUAACCAGUGUCAGUGCUGCUCAGCCUGCAACUGUGCAUAACCUGUGUUGUGGUUCACUUCAGAGGAGCCCCUGCAACAGCAACCCCUUAAAUACACUUUCAGCGGCCAAAGGCAAUACUGUCCCUGUUGCUGUGUACUAAUUUUUCUUCCUUUCCCCAACCUUUCCCACAGGGUUUUUGUUACAUUUGACUUAGUGAUGUCUGCAGCACUGUAAUGUAUGUGUAUACUUUUGUAUUGUAUGUAUUUAAAUAAGUUGGUACUGUGGCUUGAUAUUUUUUUUUUUUUUUUGUCCUCUCCCUAAACACCCUGAUUGUCUACGUUCUCACCCAAGUUUCGUUUUCUGAAGCUUCUGAAGGUAUGAGGCCACAGGGAGACCCUGGAAUAAAAAUAAGGUACUCAGAGUACGUAUUUAAUUGCGGCUAACGAGUGUAUGUUUUUAGACCAUUUUAGAUAUUUGCAGCAAAGCAUUCUUUUUGUAUGUGUAGCAUUUUUGUCACUCACUCUUGUUCAUAAACUGUUUAUUUGGACAGGGCAAGGAAGACUCAUUAUUAUGUAUGUUAGUGCUUAGAUUACACUCCAAACAUGAGCAAGGCUUUAUAAAAUAAAGCACUUUGAUGACUCACUAGGUAAAUCCUUUGUUCUUGUGUUUCACCUGUGGUUUUGAUUGCUUACAGAUGAAUUUGGAUGUUAAAUGCCUGUAUCACAAAGGAAAGAAGUAAGACAAAAUUUAAACUUGAGAUUUUUCACUAGAUUUUAACAUGCUUCUUACAUGCUUACUUUAAGGGGCUUGAAACAUUUAGUCUCUGGGGUUUUGGGCCAAGAUUGGCUCUAAGAGUAAAUACUGAGGUGUAAUUGGCAAAUCUGUGGACUAAAUCCUAGUAUUAAUAACAAAACAUCAAGAUCAUCCACAAUAGUUAAUUGAUAGAAGGAUUGGCAGAACUUUGCUGGCUGUGAUUUUAUGCUAAACCAAUUAUUUUAAAAGUAUUUGGGAAUAAGUCCAAACUUUUGUGGGAAGGAGGGAGGGAUUUCUGUUCUAGAAUUUCAAGACUUUGAUUGUCGGGGCUUUCAGUGCAUGAUACAACCUGUGCUACAUAUUGUGGGCAAAUGGCAGAAAAGUGUCUUUUUGUCUUUGUUCUGACUUAACGUUUAAUUAUUUUAAUACAUUUGUAACAUUCUGGUUUUUUCAGUUUAUUUCACAGAUGUAGGAAAACAAUAUUUUCAGCAGUAUUUGGUGUAAAAUAUAUGACUGAAUUAAUGAUAAAGUAGAUAUGCCCCAAUGACAAGGUGGCUGAGGAACUAUUCUCUUAAAAGUAGGUGAAAUAGAGACUGGAGAGAUUCAGCUUCUUAAUUACUCAUUUAAUAAUGUCUCUAGUAAUCCAAGGUUGCACUUCACACAGCUUCUCCAGCUGCUGAGAGUUUAGUGUGAACAUGGUACUCAAGGAAUGCUGCUCAAAUUACGUGGAUUAUUAGCAAUGGUGGGCAGCAGGCAGCUGCAGGACCCUGUCUUUAGCAGAAGUGUGUACAUGGCAAUGUGUAAGAAAAGGUUAUCUUUCCUGAAGGUAGUGAUGAUAUUCCGUGUAGGAGAUCCAGCUGGCUUGUCCAUGCAAGGACUGUAACAAAAUAAAUAAAUUAAAAAUUCUUGGAAACAAUAAUUUGCUAUGUCAACUAUAUAACCUAAAUUUAUAAUCUGAAUUUCCAGCUCCCUCCCUUUUGCAACUAGUAUUUCUUUUCCAAAGUAAUACUAGUCCCUAUAUCAAGUGGGACUGUUGCAUUCUGAUACAAAGCCUGCCUUUAUCCAUGUCUGCUCUCUAUAUGUGCUGUCCAUUUGGUUUCUCUCAAACUCAUCUAUUUAAUAGGGGAAAAAAUACAAAAAUAGAGAGCAGUUAACUUAAAGGAGAAAUCUGUUUCAUCUCUGUCUGUCCUGAUUUCUCUGUGUCAGGAGCUGUUUAUGGCAAUCAGCAUAUCCCUUACAAUGCCAAGUGACAAAGGCCUUGUGUGUGAGAUUAAAUCAUUAACAGUUGCUUUAUUAAAACUGUUAAAAAACAGGUCUAGAGAGGACUUGAAGAGGUAAUUAUUGUCUGUCCUCGAGCAGUUCAGCUGUAAAUAAACAUUGGUGAAAAUAGGGUUAAUCUUUUCCAGGGAGCUACUUCCAUGACUUCCCUGUGCUCUCUCUUCCCAUGCCUCACUAGUUCUAUCAUUACAAAGAUUUUUUUUCUAAAAUCUUACCUGACUACAUUACUAUCCUUUAAGCUCAUUAAUAUUUUUUCUCUCUACAGUGGACUCUAAGAACAGUUUAUUCUCUUCCUCUUCCAGUUUCUCUUAAUGUGAUCUUGCCUCUAUGUACUGAACAAUGUAAAUAUUAGCUUUUGCACAUUUUAAAUUAAAUAUUCGCUCUCUUAUGUAACAAAAUUAUCAAAAUGGUUUGAGCAAAGCAGAAUGGCCUAUUCCAUUUUCUGUAAUGACUAAUUAAAAAAAAAAAAGUUAAAAUAGUGAUUUUUGAA